GCUUUCCAUGGGAGACAGCUCCCUUUGCUCUGCAGGCCCUGAUGGGCUCGUCCCCUGGCAGUUUUGUUUUAUCCAACACGGGUGUCUCAUUAAAGCCUCUGCGAGUGCAAACAGAAAACGCUGAUGAACAAAUAAAACCUUCAGACACGGGGGGAGCUGUACCAUGCAGAGGGAAGAGAUGCCCAGUUUCCCAGCUUUGAUGUCCCUCAGCUUGGCAGGACCAGCCUGUGCUGCCCUGGAGAAAUUGAGGAAAGGUGACCCCAGCUCCUGCAAUAUUUGUCUGACACUUCUCCCACCUGUUAAUCUGCUUAUCCACCACCGAGCACUUGAAAGCGCUGCAGCAGCAAAGUCUCACCUGAAAAAAAUCAACAAACAAGCAAGUUUCGGUUAAAUAAACCCCAAAAUAUUUACCUGGGGUGCAGCAGCUGUGAGGAGAGCAGGACCAACCUCUGAUGACGGAGCUGGUGAUGAUGGUGGGAGCAGUCCCAGCGAUGAAGGGGAAUUUAGGAAGUGACUCCAGCUUGUGAUGCAGCUCCACGGAUAGGUCCUGUUGCCUCUUUGUGUCUCCCCAGGUCCUGGAGGCACCUCAGCAGGAGGAUGAGCUUUUGUGCAUGCUGGUUUCCUGCUGCCACCUCACUUGUCACCUUGAUACUCUACCCUCUCCUCUUGCUGGCCCUUUACACCAUGCUCAGCAGGAAAAUUGCCCAGCAUUCCUGCAGGAUGCAGGGGAGCAGCAGCCCUGGGGAGCAUCUCAGCCCUCACCCCAGCCCAGCUCCAGCACCGGGAGGGGACACGGCACAAAAACACCCCGGGCCACAAAAACCAUCACCAGCCUACGCAGGGAGCAGUGAGACAUCUUCAGACACCUCCGAGGACUCGGACAACACUUCCUGCCCUCAGGGCCCUGGCUUAGAGGAAAACAUCAAUUACACAUCCCUGGUGUUCCCAGGGAAAGGCCACGAGCCAGGCUCUGCCCAGGACUACGAGAAUGUGAAGUCUGGGAUGGAUUAUGUCAACGUGGAUCCAAAGAAGAGGAAAACACAUUUCUGGCCCUUCUCCAGCCCCAGGGCAUCCAAGGGUGUGGAGUACACCGAGGUGAAGCUGUGACACUGAUGUGGAGCUGUGACACCAGGGUGAAGCUGCCACACCAGGGUGAAGCUGCCACCCCAGGGUGAAGCUGCCACACCAGGGUGCUGCUGCCCAUAGGCGCCCGAGCCCCCAGCAGCUGCAGAGCUGGCACUGUCCCCUUCCCCUGGGGCACUGCCUGGCACGGGCUGCAGCGCUUCUACCACCCCCACCCACAAAGCUUCCUUGGCUUUUCCUUAAAGCCUCCACUGUUCCUGAGGGCUGUGGGGUGGGGCAGGGGAGGGCUCCUCCCAGCCAGGCUGGAAUCAGCUCUCCACUUCUGUGUCAUGGCCCUUUUUCCCUCGUUUCAUGAAAGCAAAAUGAACAUCCCCCCCUUGCCUCUCAAAAUGGGCAGUUCAGGGAGGGAGAUGGAGUGAUCCUCAAAAGCUACACUGAGCUGGCUGGCAGCUCCUCUCAGUGAUGUUGUUUUGCUCAUCAGCCUCAUAAAAUCAUUUAAAAUACAGUUUUUCCACUGGCUUUUCCCUCUCCCUGUCUCCCACCUUUUGCUUUCCCUGCUCUGUCCCUGCUCCAGGUGCUGUGGUCGGUCUCUCCCCACCUGAACCCUGUCCCUGCUCCUCACUAUGCAUUUUGUUACUUCUGGAUUUUCAAGAAAUAAACUUCCAGAGUGCCUGGGAAUGGGAACACUGCCCCAGUGGGACCUCUGUGAGGGGGAUGGAGCUGCUGCCUCCCAGCACAGGGAGGGAUGGAGCUGCUGCCUCCCCUUCCUCAGGGCUGGAGCUGCCCCAAACGUGUUUUAAACAGGCUCAGCAACGCUGGGAUUUAAUGAAAGGUUGUGAGACGAUUGAUUUGGGAUUGAUCAGUGGCUGGGGGAGCCAGGCACUCCUGUUUUCAUGACCCUGUGGUGCUGAUCUGGCCCAGCUCUAAGGGCACGUAAAGGAAAACGUUCCAAAAACCCCAACAAUUCCUGGGUAACGUUGGAAAACCCAGGAGAGGUGUGACUGUGAGACUGGAGGUGAGGCCAAAACCACUGAGUGGAAGCUUCUGAGAAAUCUGAUUCAAAUGCCUGGCAAUUAAAAAGUGAAAAUAUUGAAGAUUUCAAAAUAUUUUACUGUUUUAUUUUGACAGCUUUAGCCUGUGAUAGUGGAAGGAAUAAUGCCCC